CUUCAACUUAAAAGCCGAGUGAGUAAAACCCUAACACUAUUGCGUCCCUAUAUACAAAAGCCGCAAACCCCUACUAAUUUUCUUACAACAGAACAGAUCCAAAAUGUCGAAGCGAGGACGUGGAGGUACGUCGGGUAACAAGUUCAGGAUGUCGCUGGGUCUUCCCGUGGCGGCGACGGUGAACUGUGCUGACAACACAGGUGCCAAGAACCUUUACAUCAUUUCCGUGAAAGGGAUCAAGGGUCGUCUCAACAGGUUGCCUUCUGCUUGCGUCGGAGACAUGGUGAUGGCCACCGUCAAGAAGGGAAAGCCCGAUCUCCGUAAGAAGGUCCUUCCAGCUGUCAUCGUUAGGCAGAGGAAGCCUUGGCGCCGAAAGGAUGGUGUCUUCAUGUACUUCGAAGAUAAUGCUGGAGUCAUCGUCAACCCCAAGGGAGAAAUGAAAGGUUCUGCAAUCACUGGUCCCAUUGGUAAAGAGUGCGCUGAUCUCUGGCCAAGGAUUGCUAGUGCUGCCAAUGCCAUCGUCUAAAGAUAGUUGCAAUCAAUCAUUAGUUGGUCUUUGUUGUCGUGCGUUUGGUUGUUUUUUUGAAUCUUGUUCGAGUUCGAAAUAUAUCACAAACAAAUUUGAGGAUUUUGGUAGAUGGUAUUUUGAUUUUCUUUACAAUCUCAACGACGAUCAAAUAUUUUUGUUA